UCUGGUUUAAUUAAAAAAAAAUGUGAAAAUGUGAUUCAAUUUUAAAAGAAAACAAAAAUUAACUCCAACAAUUUAAAUCCCUUUUUCUUUUCUCUUCUUCCCAUCCCUAUCUUUCUCUCUCUCUAUCCCAAUUUCUAUGUUUGUUUGUUUUUCCUUUUGUUUAAAGUAACACAAGAGAAGAAGAAAAAAAAGUAAACUAUUUAUAUACAUAAAGAAAAAGAAACUUCAAUGUUGCUAUUGAAAUGAUAAUCUCACCCAUUGAAUGUAAUAAUCAAACACAACAACAUCAUCACCAUUGUCAUUGGUACCUUGUUUAUCAUCUUAUAUUUUUCUGGUUAAUCAUCGCCCAAGCCUCAGGAACAAUCAAGGAGAAAACCUGUGAAUCACUUGAUAUCCGUGAUAUUUCCGAAUUGAAACAAUUGGAAAAUUGUACAGUAAUUGAAGGGUCACUUCAAAUAUCAACCAUUUACAAUGGAACCUCGAGACAUUUUGAGAAUAUGAGUUUCCCUCUAUUAACAGAGGUCACUGAUUAUGUUCUCAUAUUCCGUGUCUCAGGAAUAACCACUCUUGCCAAAUUAUUUCCUAAUCUAACUGUUAUCCGAGGUCAACAUUUGUUCCAUAAUUUUGCUCUCAUCAUCUAUGAUGUUACCGAUUUACAGGAAAUUGGUCUGGUUAAUUUAACAACCAUCGUAAAGGGAGCUGUCCGGAUUGAAAAGAAUCGUAAUCUAUGUUUUGCGGAAACAGUUAAUUGGGAUCUCAUUGCAAAAUCUGGUAAAGGUUCUAAUCAUGUUAAGGAUAAUAAACCCUACAACGAAUGUCCCAAAUGCUCGAAAGUCGGUGUUGUACCAACCUGUCCGAUCUUAAAAACUGGUGCUAAGGAGACUCACUACGGGUUAUGCUGGAACUCAGAGAAUUGCCAAAGAAUCUGCUCAAACGAAUGUGAAUCACUAAAUUUAACAUGCAACAUCAACAAUCCAAAGGAAUGCUGUGAUUCGUCUUGUAUCGGUGGUUGUACCGGAAGAACCAAUCGAGAUUGUCUUGCCUGUAAAGGUUUCGUUAUUUACGAUAACCAAGGAAAAAGAUGUGAUAAACGUUGUGAUGUUUCACAAUAUGAGUUUCUAUCUCGUCGAUGUAUAAGCUACUUAGAUUGUCUUGUAUUGAGUACAUCUGAUGACAAGGACAAGAAAAAAUCUUACAAGAUAUUUGAAUCACGAAAUACCACCGUAAGGAAUCAAUGUUUAGCUGAAUGUCCGCCCGGUUAUCAACAAAAGCCAGAUGAUGAACAUGCUUGCGAUAGAUGUCAAGGAGCUUGUAAAAUAACUUGUAAAGGGAAUAGCACCAUUACCAAUGUCGCCGCUGCUCAAAGUUUUCGAGGAUGUACUGUUAUCGACGGUUAUCUUGACAUAUCGGUUACAGGAGGAGUUAAUAUUAUCACUGAGCUUGAGGAAAGUUUACAACAAGUUCGCACUAUCACAGGAUACCUUAAAAUUGCGCGAUCAUAUCCACUAAUCACCUUGAAUUUCUUCAAAAACCUUGAAACCAUCGAAGGAAAUAUUUUAGAUCGAACAAAUUACUCUUUGGUGGUCAUCGAUAAUCCUAAUCUUCAAGAGCUCUUCCCUCUAAAAGAUAAUGGAACUACUUCCAAGGUGAAUAUUUCACAUGGGAAAAUUUUCUUCCACAUUAAUCCCAAACUUUGUACAACGAAAAUUCAACAAAUCCAACGAAUAAAUCGUAUCGAAGAUGACAAAGAUAUCUCACCUUAUUCAAAUGGGGAUAAAACUGCUUGUGACAUAACUACACUUAAUCUUACAAUUGCCUCUUCUGGACAUAAAUAUGCAUACUUGCAAUGGCCUAAUUUUCUUAAAAAUCUAACUGAUGCGAGAUCUUUACUGGGAUAUUUAGUUUAUUACAGAGAAGCGCCGGGAAAUACAACGGUCUCGGUGUAUGGUGGUCGCGAUGCAUGUUACUCAAAUGGUUGGAAUGCCCUGGAAGUUGUUGCAGAUGAAGAGAGACAACGUGAUAUAACAGUUGAAUAUUUACUUACUCAACUUGAACCAUUUACUCGCUAUGCGACUUAUGUUAAAACUUAUACUAUCAGAACUCCUACUGCCGAGGAUCGAACUGGACAAAGUCCAAUCGUUUAUUUUCAAACAAAACCAACGACUCCUAGUGAACCAAGAGAUCUUGGAGCUACAGUAUCAAGUUCCUCAGAGAUUAUAGUCCACUGGUCCCCACCUAAAGCACCUAAUGGAAUUGUUUCUUAUUAUCGUAUCACUGUGACGAAAAUUCUUCCAUAUACUGAAACUUAUUCAGAUCGAGAUUUCUGUUCUGAACCGCUCAAUUACGAAACUCCUAUUAUUCCAGAAGAAAGGAUCAACGUAUCUCGUUGGCUUCAAGACGCUGAAAGAGAAAAGGAUGAUGAGGAGUCCGAGAAAAAUAAUACCGAAUGUUGUCCAUGUCAACGAUCGCUGGUAGAUUAUGAAGACCAAGCUAAAAGCACCGCAGAUUUUGAAGACUAUCUAAUCAAUAAUGCAUAUAAGAAAUAUAAUCUAACUCCUGAGAUAAUGGGCAGCUUGAAACCUGAGAAAAGAAAGAAACGUGAAAUUCAGGGUAACGCACCUAAUCAAUCGUUAACCGAAAUGCCAUUAAUCGAUGGUACAACACCAAUAUCAACGAUAACCACAACCAAACCUCCUCCUGAUUUACCUGAAACAAGGGAAUUCAUCACAACCACGGCAUCGCUUCUCAUUCAAAAUCUCACUCAUUAUACUGAUUAUAAGAUAACCGUCAGUGCUUGUCACAAUUCAAGCUCAGAAAAACCUUCCGAUUAUAACCUAUGUGGAGAGGCGAGAUACAUUUCUCAACGUACUCUUGCAAAAGCAUUUGCUGAUGAAAUCGAUCCUCAAUCAUUGGAAGUUGAUGUUUCCAAUGCCAACAAUUCACAUGUUGCUUUCGUCAGAUGGAGUGAACCAGAUUUCCCCAAUGGAGAGAUACUUUCAUAUCAACUCGAAUACAAAACAAAUGAAGCAGGAAUGGUAAUUAACAUUAGCGAUGGAGUAUCAAAAUGUAUAACCCGAAAGGAGUAUCUAAAAAACGGAGGAAUCAUCAGAAUAAGUAAUUUAAUCAGUGGUAAACAUUACGUUUUAAGAGUACGAACCAUGACAAGAGCGGGUAGAAGUAAUUUUACAAGAUACUAUGAAUUUGAGGUUCCAAGUGACACCUACUUUCUCAUCUUCCUCAUUCUGGGCAUUUGUUUAUUCAUGCUUUUCGUAACCAUCCUUUCCGUUGGAUUUUUUGUUCGAAGAAAACUUUCAGGUCAACCUGGUCGAAUGAUUUUCGCCUCCAUUAACCCAGAAUAUAUAACUCAUCAACCCGAUGAAUGGGAAGUCUGUAGAGAGGAUAUUGCUCUCCUUGGUGAUCUCGGUCAAGGUUCAUUUGGAAUGGUUCAUUUAGGUGAAAUGAAAAGCAAAGAUCCUGAUCUACUACCACUAAAAGUGGCCGUUAAGACUGUAAAUACACAACAGAUGACAAAAGCAUUUCUCAAUGAGGCUCAAGUUAUGAAAACAUUUGAUUGUCAUCACGUUGUCAAAUUAAUUGGAGUAGUAACAACUAGUCAACCACCUUGGGUUAUUAUGGAGCUAAUGCCAAAUGGUGAUCUUCGUAAUUAUUUAUUAAAACAACGUCCAGAUAAUGAGGAUGGAUUACCCACCAACCCACCUUCUAUUUCAGAAAUUUGGAGGAUGUCAGCGGAAAUCGCUGAUGGUAUGGCAUACCUUGGAUCUCGUAAAUUUGUCCAUCGCGAUUUGGCAGCUCGUAAUAUUAUGGUUGCUUAUGAUUUAACUGUAAAAAUUGGUGAUUUUGGGAUGACCAGGGAUAUUUAUGAAACAGACUAUUAUCGUAAAGAUGGUCAAGGUCUUUUACCAAUUCGAUGGAUGUCACCUGAGUCCAUUCGAGACGGUAUUUUUACCUAUUGUUCUGAUGUUUGGUCUUAUGGUAUCGUUUUAUAUGAAAUGGCAACUUUAGGUGCACAACCUUAUCAAGGUUUGAGUAACACAGCGGUCAUCAAUUAUAUAACCGAAGGAGGGACAAUUGAUAAGCCUAAAGGUUGUCCCGAUAGAUUAUUUGAUCUUAUGAAGGUUUGUUGGAUGAGAAAUCCAAAAACUCGACCAACUUUCAUGGAAUUAAUUGAAAUCCUGUUACCCGAUAUCGACAGUGAAAAGUUCAUGAAAGUCAGUUUUUACGCUAAAGCAAAAGCCAAAGCAAAAUUAAAACCUCACCCACGUAAAGAGAUAACUUCAGAAGUAACACCUUUAAAAAGUUCAGUAACAUGUAAAUAUAACGAAGAUGAUGAGCUUGAGUGUUCAGAACAUGAAAUUGAAAUUGAAGAGAUUGAUAAUGGUGAUGGAGUGAAAUUUUUCCCCACCAAAAUUGAUGCAUUAAAUUCAACAAUAUUAACCAUUGAAGAAGCAAAUAUUGAUGCUGAAAGUGAUAUCUUAUCUUCUGCCGUCACAGUAACUACAACAGCAGCGAGUCCACUUACCACAGGAGCAACGGUUACAAGUAAAUCAACGAUGACCAGUCAAUUAGAUAAAAAUCUAUCAAAUGGUAAUUUAAAUGAUUUAAUUAAAGCGAACAAGAAAAAUAGCGGUGAAAAUGGUAAAGAAAUUGGAACUGGUGGUGGUGGUGGUGGUGGUGUAAUCGUCGGAGGCCUUGGGGUGGUUAAACCAUCAACGGAAGGCAGUGGAAUGGGGGGAGGUAUCGGUGUAGUAAUCAAAGUCGACAGUGGUGAUGGGGAAAAAGCAACAUCGAUAUCACCAUCAACAUCCACCACUACGACCACAACAACAACUACAACAACCAAUCCAUCAAUUCAGUCUCCCGAUAACAACAAAGACAGGAAAAUGAAUCAAACCUCCAACGGAGGACUGGUCAAUGGGCCAAUUGCCCACUACAAUACCACAAUCUGCUGAUGAGGCAAGAGAUGAUAAAGAAAGAGGAAGAAAGAGAGAGAGAGAGCAAGGGAAGAUUGAACAAGUACAAGUCUGUGUAAUUAUAUUGUAAUUAUAAUUGUAAUCAACAUUUUCUUUUUUUUCUACGAGAUUUGUAAAAAAAGCAACAAAAACCCAAUCACAUGAAAAUCUUUAAUCAAUAUACAUAAAGUCCGAGAUAAUUUAAUCUCCACUUCCAAUAUUAUUAUAAUUAUUAUAUUAUCAUUAAUAAAAAAAACAGCAAAAAAACACAAUCAAGUUAAAAACUCACCAUUUGAUUGGCUUUUAAUUGUUAACAGUUAAAAGUAAAACAAUUUAAA